AAAAAAAGAAAAUGCUAAACUUGGGAGAUGGGAAGCACGACGCGGAGCUGCUGCGAGCUCAGGCGCACAUAUGGAACCACAUCUUCAACUUCAUCAACUCCACCUCCUUGAAAUGCGCCAUCGAGCUCGGCAUCCCGGAGGCCAUCCACCGCCACGGCAAGCCCAUGACCCUCUCCCACCUCGCCGCCGCCAUCCCCGUCACCCCAGCCAAGACCCGCUCCGUCACCCGCCUCAUGCGCCUCCUCGUCCACUCCGGAUUCUUUGCCGUCGCCAAAGUCAACGACGGAGAAGGAGAGGAAGAAGCAGAAGAAGAAGAAGGCUACGUCCUCACCGACGCGUCGCAGCUCCUCCUGCCGGACAACCCGCUGAGCGUGACUCCGUUCCUGAUGGCCAUGCUGGACCCGAUCCUCCUCAAGCCCUGGCACCACGUCAGCAGGUGGUUCGGCAACGAAGAUCCGACGCCGUUCCAGACCGCCCACGGGGCCACGUUCUGGGACUUCGCCGGCGGCCAGCCGGGUCUCAACGGGUUCUUCAACGACGCCAUGGCCAGCGACGCACGCCUCGUCACCACGGUGCUGGUCAGCGAGUUCCGAGGGGCGUUCGAGGGGAUGGGGUCGCUUGUGGACGUCGGCGGCGGGACGGGGACGGUGGCCAAGGCGAUCGCGGCAGCGUUCCCGGAGCUGGAGUGCACGGUGCUGGAUUUGCCGCACGUGGUGGAUGGGUUGCAAGGGGAAGGGAAUUUGACGUUUGUUGGUGGGGACAUGUUCGUGGAUAUCCCCGCUGCCGAUUGCGUCCUUUUGAAGUGGAUAUUGCAUGAUUGGAACGACGAGGAAUGCGUGAAAAUCCUGAAGAAAAGCAAAGAAGCGAUCCAAGGGAGGGAAGGAGGGAAAGUGAUGAUCAUUGACAUGAAGGUGGAGAACCAAAAGGCAGACGACGAGUCCAUUGAAACGCAGCUCUUCUUCGACAUGCUGAUGAUGAUCCUGGUCACUGGCCGGGAAAGGGACGAGAAAGAAUGGGCCAAACUCUUCGUUGCUGCGGGCUUUCGUGACUACAAAAUCACUCCCAUCUUGGGCCUGCGAUCCAUAAUUGAAGUUUAUCCGUGAGUGAAAUAUGCUCUUGUUGGAUGAUCAUGAUGGUGUUUGUGCAAUGGAUAGGUACAUAUUCUUUCAUGUCAUGUGUUUAUGUGUGUACUUGUUUUGUAUCCUUUAUUUUAUCCUAUAAGGAAGAUGUUUGGUGUAUGGAUCGUUCCAUACCAAGUAAUUAAUAAAAGGUAUGGUUUGCUUUUCCCUGGUCAUUUGAGAGAUGUAAAAUGGAGAUAAGAUUGAGAUCUAUUGGGGGUGAUAAAUCGAUUCUAGAUGCAGAGGAUUUCGUGGCCUCCUAGUCGGUAAUAAGUUGGUUCUACCA